AUGGAGUUCGCCGGAGAAGUCGACGACUUCGCUCUCGACCUCAUCCGCGAGCACCUCCUCGGCGGCGACGGUGGUGUCCAGGCGACGGCGAACCAUGAUCAGGCGGGCCCCUUUUGCGACGACGUCACCUUCCCGGUGCUGCCACCUUCCGCGGCAGAACCACAAGCGUACACGCAGCAGCCCAUGUUCUUCCCGCAGCAGCAGCAGCAGCAGCAGGAGAAUCAGCAGAUGCAAGCUUACAUGGACCUGGCACACCAGUACCUGAACUCCUGCCCGGCUGCCGACGUCCCUGAGACUGUGUUCAGGGCGCCGGAGCCGGUGAUGAUACAGUUCGGCGGCGAGCCGUCUCCUGUGACGGCGCCGUCGUCCACGCUGAGCAUCUCCGUGCCGGCCAAGGGCUCGUUCGCGUGGGCGGGGACUGCUGCCGCCGCGGCACCGCCGGCGCCAGCACCGGUGGAGGACUUCCGCAAGUACCGCGGCGUGCGGCAGCGCCCCUGGGGCAAGUACGCGGCGGAGAUCCGCGACCCCAAGCGCCGGGGCUCCCGCGUGUGGCUCGGCACCUACGACACCUCCGUGGAGGCCGCGCGCGCCUACGACCGCGCCGCCUUCCGGAUGCGCGGCGCCAAGGCCAUUCUCAACUUCCCAAACGAGGUCGGCACCCGCGGCGCCGAGCUGUGGGCGCCUCCGCCUCCCGUACCCGCGUCCCAGACCGCCGGCGCGACGAACAAACGCAAGCGAUCACACGAGGACGACCGCGACGUCGAGGUGACCGGAGUGGUCAUAAACAAGGCCCCCAAGAACGAGGCGCCGUCGCCGUCGUCGGCCCAGGUGUCGUGGGACACGCCCUCGUCCAUGUCGCGGGAGACGGCCUCCUCGACGGUGACGUCGGCGGCCACGACGCCGGAGGGAGGGCUUCCUCCGACGCCGUCGAGCUCGGGCUGGGAGCAGUACUGGGAGGCGCUGCUGGGUGGCAUGCCGCUGCUCUCGCCCCUGUCGCCGCACCCGGCGCUGGGGUUCCCGCAGCUCACCGUUAGUUAA